CAAAUUAUUCUGUGACGAGAGUUAUGAGAAUAAGAGGAGAGGUUAGAAUUUUUAUAAAGCUAAUGGUGUGGUGUUUUUGAAUAUAUAUUAUUCAUCAGUGAAGCUAUUGCACCUAUCUUAAAAUUUUGUAGCAGUCUAAUUCAGAAGAACUCAGUAAAAUGGCAGAAGAAGUAAACCCCAAAGCAUAUCCUCUAGCUGAGGCACAGCUAACAAUGAAAAUUCUGAAUUUGGUGCAGCAGGCACAUAACUACAAGCAACUUAGAAAAGGUGCGAAUGAAGUUACAAAAACCUUAAAUCGUGGAAUUUCAGAGUUUGUUGUUCUGGCAGCUGAUGCACAACCCCUGGAAAUUUUACUUCACAUCCCUCUUUUGUGUGAGGACAAAAAUGUUGCUUACGUUUUUGUCAGGUCGAAACAGGCUUUAGGUCGUGCAUGUGGAGUAUCACGUCCAGUGAUAGCUUGUUCUGUAACCAUACAUGAAGGUUCCCAACUGAAACCUCAAAUCAAUACAAUAUUACAUGAAAUAGAAAGGCUUCUUGUGUGAAGAAUUCAAUCAUUCUGCUUACUAUGAAAAUUUAUAUUAUGUUGGCAUUGAUUCUGUGAAUCUUAAAAAUUAGCAUGUAAAAAUGUUGAUAUUUUUUUAACCAAUAAACAUUUGUUAAAGGAG